GAGCGUCGGACGUGAUCGCUGGGUGCGUGUGCGGCUCGGCUUCCUUCAUCGCGUCGCUCAUGAGCCUCACCUCUGGCUCGCUCAUGCUGCUGGGCGCCACCAUGAAUCCGCAAGUUGCAUUCAACCUCUCGGCCCGCCUGCCCCACCUACCGCUGCGCAUGCGAGAGCACGGGCAGCGAGCGCUGCUCUUCGCCUCGCGCCUGCACGCGCUGGGCCUGCCCGUGUGCUACCCCGGGCUUCCCUCACACCCCCAGGCACACGUGCUUGCACGCAUCUCCAAUGGUUCCCGCCCUCACCUCCUCCCUUCCGCUGCUGGAAAGGCCACCGCUGCGGCAGUUGGUGGCACUGAUGCUGGUGUUGCCGGUAGUGAUGGUGGUGGUGGCGUGGGAAUGGGAGGGGGGAGUGGUGGGGCUGAAUGGUUAGGGCCGUAUGCAGGUGGGGGCAUGUUAAGCCUGGACCUAGGGAGUACCGCCAUGGCAUACGACUUUAUGCGGCACCUGCAGAACAACGCUGAGUUUGGAUACAUGGCCGUGUCGCUGGGGUUCCAUGACUCUCUGGUGUCCUGCAGUGGCGCCAGCACCAGCAGUGAGAUGCGCGCAGAGCAGCAGCAGGCUGUGGGGAUAUCGCCUGGGCUGGUGCGCAUGUCAGUGGGGUAUACCGGCAGUGAGGAGCAGCGUUGGACGCAGCUGCUGCAGGCUGCUUCUGCUGUGGGGCUUGUGAGUGCCCUCGGAGGGUCGGAGGGUCGGUUCGCGGCGCGGCGGCUGAUGCAGCUGGCGGCGGUGCUCCACUUCACCGACGCCACCAUCCGCGCGCACGCCGCCGCGCUCGUGCACCGCCACCUCGUCGGCGCGCAGCCGGCGCGCGCAGGGGCGGGGGAGGCUCUGCUGGGUCUGGCGCAGCGCGUGCACGCUUGGAAUGCUGACGUGCUCGCUGCUCUCGUGGACGCUCUGGCUGACGAGGCGCUCAACUGCAUCCUUGUCCCCGCGGCAGCUCUCCCGUCGCCUCUGGUGCGCGCGGAGGCCGUCGCCGCGCUCCAAGCCUUCGCCUUGCUGCAUGCGCCGUCCUCGCGCUCCCAUCUCCCCCUGCUGCACGCCGCCGCGCGCAAGUUCGCGCACCCUGGCGUGCAGAUGGCGGCCGUGCGCGCCCUGGCGGACCUGCUGCUCUGGCACCGCCCCGCCGCGCUGCUGCUGCCUGACGUCGCUGCGCCCGGCCUCAGCGCUGAUGGCGAGGGGAGUGCGGUGAGCGGAUGCAGUGCCGGGGGAGAGGCGCAGCGCGCAGGAGGGGCGCAUACGGAGGGGAGCGUAAACUUAUUGCUGGGCCUGGUGCCACUGGUGGGCGGGCAGGUGGGCAUAGAUGCGGCGAGGGAGGAUGUAGAGCGCGCAGGGCGAGAGUCGGAGGGGGAGGACGGGGGGGAAGCGGAGGGCGUGGUGGCCGUGGUGGGCGAGGGGCUGUGCAAGCUGCUGCUGGCGCACGCGAGCACGGGCGCGGGGAGGGGCGCGGGGAGUGGCAGCGUCGCGGUUACUGCUGCCAGUGCUGCUGCAGUUGUGGCCGCGGGAACAGGUGAGAGCAGCAGCAUACGGCAGGCAGUGGGCUUUAAGUAUCUGGCUCUCGACCUUGCUGCUGAGGUGCUAUCCUCCCCACUGACCUCGGCGGGCAGUGCGAGUGGGAGGGCGUACAGAGCGCACGUGGUGCGGCUGCUUGUGGUGCCGCUCUUGGAGUGCUUCAAUCGGACGACGCUGGAGAUCGACCACCAUCAUUCGCCCCCAUCGCCAACCUGCAAACCGCCUCCAUCCGCACACCGCCUCCCGCCCAGCCCACCCUUGGAUCUCCAGAGGUUCAAAACACCUCGUCCUUUUCAAGACGACCCUGGAGACCUUCCGCUACCAUCCGCCCCCAUCGCCGACCAACAAACCGCUUCCAUCCAUCCAUUCACCGCCCUCCGCCCAGCCCGCCUAUCGAUCUCCAGAGGUACAAAACACUGCAAAACUGAAGAAACCGCACUGCUGCUCCUCAGUUUCAAGCCCUGCCUGGCGGAUGGACCAUGCACGGAUAAGCUGUUUAACUCCAGAGGCUUAAUCAACUUGGCCGACUGCCAGCGCGGGUCUUCUAGCACUCUUACUUUGAGCGUUGGAAGUGGACUUACAAGGGGACCUACACGGCGGCUUUAUGAGAGAAGAAGCUACAUGGCAGCUUCAACGAGCGGAUCUACACAGCAGCUUCAACGAGCGGAUCUACACGGCAGCUUCAAGGAGAGGGAUCUACACGGCAGUUCCGAGCGGAUCUUCACGGCAGCUUCAACGAGCGGAUCUACACGGCAGCUUCAAGGAGAGAGAUCUACACGGCACCUCUACGAGCAGAUCUCCAUGGCAGCUUCUACGAGCGGAUCUACACAGCAGCUUCAACGAGCGGAUCUACACGGCAGCUUCAAGGAGAGGGAUCUACACGGCAGUUCCGAGCGGAUCUACACGGCAGCUUCAACGAGCGGAUCUACAUGGCAGCUUCAACGAGUGUAUCUACAUGGCAGCCUCUACGAGCGGAUCUACACGGCAGCUUCUACGAGCGGAUCUACACGGCAGCUUCAUGGAGAGGGAUCUACACGGCAGUUCCGAGCGGAUCUACACGGCAUUUUUAACGAGCGCAUCUACAUCGCAGCCUCUACGAGCGGAUCUACAUGGCAGCCUCUACGAGCGGAUCUACACGGCAGCUUCUACGAGCGGAUCUUUACAGCAGCUUCUACGAGCGGAUCUAUACAACAGCUUCUACGAGCGGAUCUACACAGCAGCUUCAACGAGCGGAUUUACACGCCAGCUUCUACGAGCGGAUCUACACAGCAGCUUCAACGAGCGGAUUUCCACGGCAGCUUCAAGGAGAGGGAUCUACACGGCAGUUUUAACGAGCGCAUCUACAUGGCAGCCUCUACGACUGGGAUUACCAUGGAAAGAGCGGAUCAGCCUUCAAGGAGCAGCGGACGUGUCUUUGCCUUGAGAGCGGACGCGUCGCCAAGAGUAGCCGUCAAGGGACCCGCGAAGCCGUCAAGGGAUAGAUCCGCCGUCAAGGGACCAGAUCCGCCGUCAAGCGACCUGAGCAGCCGUCAAGGGACCAGAAUAGCCGUCAAGGGACCAGAGAAGCCUCGCGAGGAACCAGAGCCGCCGUCAUGGUUCCAAAGCCGCCGUCAAGGAACCAGAGCCGCCGUCAUGGUUCCAAAGCCGCCGUCAAGGAACCAGAGCCGCCGUCAUGGUUCCAAAGCCGCCGUCAAGGAACCAGAGCCGCCGUCAUGGUUCCAAAGUCGCCGUCAAGUGACCAGAGGCGCCGUCGUGGCCGGGCGGCCGACUGGGUACCUGCACGCUCUGAGUAGCGGCACUAUUGGGGGGUGGAGGAGUGACGGCUGCAGUGAAGGGGCUCAAGGAGCUGCUGGUUACAGUCCCAAGGAGCUGUUGGUUACAGUCUCAAGGAGCUGCUGGUUACAGUCUCAAGGAGCUGCUGGUUACAGUCUCAAGGAGCUGCUGGUUACAGUCUCAAGGAGCUGCUGGUUACAGUCUCAAGGAGCUGCUGGUUACAGUCCCAAGGAGCUGCUGGUUACAGUCCCAAGGAGCUGCUGGUUACAGUCCCAAGGAGCUGCUGGUUACAGUCCCAAGGAGCUGCUGGUUACAGUCCCAAGGAGCUGCUGGUUACAGUCCCAAGGAGCUGCUGGUUACAGUCCCAAGGAGCUGCUGGUUACAGUCCCAAGGAGCUGCUGGUUACAGUCCCAAGGAGCUGCUGGUUACAGUCCCAAGGAGCUGCUGGUUACAGUCCCAAGGAGCUGCUGGUUACAGUCCCAAGGAGCUGCUGGUUACAGUCUCAAGGAGCUGCUGGUUACAGUCUCAAGGAGCUGCUGGUUACAGUCCCAAGGAGCUGCUGGUUACAGUCUCAAGGAGCUGCUGCUUAAUGAACAGCAGUACUCUGCUGCUGUGAAGGAGUUUACUUGCUGCUUAGAGGCGCUGACUGCAGGAAAGCAGUUAGGAUUAACUGGUGCAGGGAAGGAGUUGGCUGCUGUGAAGGAGUUGCUGCUGUGA